GGCCCGUUGUUUGCCUGAAGAUAUGGACUGAGAAAGGGGAAAACAUUUAAUGCCCAACAUAUCUUUUCCCAAAGAAUAAGCAAAAAAAGCAAAAAAUAAAAUAAAAUACUCCAUAACGUAGAUUACUGAUGGUUGUUCCCUCGUUCAACUGUAUUACUUGCUAUAAUAAUAGGACAGCUGUUGCUGCUCCUGCUGCGAUACGCAAUUCAUUUGCUCAGAUUCCGUUCGCGCAGAAUUUGAAGGCUACCUGCCAGACCUGGUCUAUAGUCAACCACAAAAAACUUUGUAUUUGUUGGCCGCCUACCUCAGCCGGGAAUAGAGAAAGAGCUUUUGUGACCAUGGAAGACCAUUUUGCGAGAUCCGAUACUUCUUUGUCUUCUAAGAUCAGUCCUCGGAAAAUUUUGACCACAUCCAAUCAUUUGCGUCAUGUCGAUAGUAUCGCUAACCUUCCAUCAGGCGCCGGCAAGAUACCUAGAUUGAACGCCGUUAUCCUUGGGGAGGCACUUGCUUCUGAAGAGGACGAUCUCGUCUUCCCUAAUGAGGAUUUCUCCCGACAGGCGCACGUCUCUUCCCCCCAAGAGUAUUUGAAGAUGUAUCAAAGGUCCGUUGAGGAUCCCAGCGGAUUCUGGGCAGACAUUGCAUCUCAGUUUUAUUGGAAAGAAAAAUGGGAUCAUCAGGUUUGCCACGAUAAUCUUGACAUACGUAAGGGGAAAAUUCAUAUUGAGUGGUUCAAAGGUGGGAUCACCAAUAUUUGUUACAACUGCUUGGAUAGAAACAUUGAAUCUGGAAAUGGUGACAAAAUUGCAAUUUAUUGGGAAGGAAAUGAGCCUGGAGUUGAGGGAACUCUGACAUACAACCAACUGUUAGCAAGAGUUUGCCAGCUUGCAAAUUACUUGAAAGAUAUUGGUGUUCAUAAGGGUGAUGCUGUUGUCAUUUACUUACCUAUGCUUAUGGAACUGCCAAUUGCUAUGCUUGCGUGUGCUCGAAUUGGUGCUGUCCACUCGGUUGUUUUUGCUGGAUUCUCUACUGAAUCUCUGGCCCAAAGGAUUGUUGACUGCAAACCUAAGGUUGUAAUAACUUGCAAUGCAGUUAAGAGGGGUUCUAAGGUCAUUCACCUCAAAGACAUUGUUGACGCUGCUCUUGUUGAAUCCGCACAAAAUGGCACCAUUGUAGAUGUAUGUUUGACCUAUGAAAACGAAUCAGCUAUGAAGAAAGAAGUUACUAAGUGGAAUGAGGGAAGAGACAUUUGGUGGCAGGAUGUUGUUCCUAAAUAUCCAAUUACAUGUGAUGUACAAUGGGUGGGUGCUGAAGAUCCACUCUUCCUGCUGUACACCAGUGGGAGUACCGGAAAGCCCAAGGGUGUCUUGCAUACUACUGGAGGAUAUAUGGUAUACACAGCAACUACAUUUAAAUACGCAUUUGACUACAAGUCAAAAGAUGUAUACUGGUGUACAGCUGAUUGCGGUUGGAUUACUGGGCAUAGCUACGUUACAUACGGACCUUUACUAAAUGGUGCUACUGUUGUGGUCUAUGAAGGGGCUCCAAAUUACCCAGAUCCUGGACGGUGUUGGGAUAUUGUUGACAAAUACAAAGUGUCAAUUUUUUAUACUGCUCCUACAUUGGUGCGGUCUCUCAUGCGUGAGGGAGAUGAGUAUGUCACCCGUUAUUCACGCAAAUCUUUACGAAUCCUUGGAAGUGUGGGUGAACCUAUCAAUCCAAGUGCAUGGAGGUGGUUUUUUAAUGUAGUUGGAGAUGCAAGGUGCCCCAUAUCUGACACAUGGUGGCAAACAGAAACAGGUGGCUUUAUGAUUACUCCUUUACCAGGAGCCUGGCCACAGAAACCUGGCUCUGCUACUUUUCCAUUUUUUGGAGUUCAGCCUGUCAUAGUGGAUGAGAAGGGUGUCGAGAUUGAAGGUGAAUGCAGUGGCUAUUUGUGUAUAAAAAGCUCAUGGCCUGGUGCAUUCCGAACUCUUUAUGGGGAUCAUGAAAGAUAUGAAACUACAUACUUCAGUGCUUUCCCUGGCUAUUAUUUCACUGGUGAUGGCUGCAGCAGGGACAAGGAUGGUUAUCACUGGCUUACUGGAAGAGUUGAUGAUGUUAUUAAUGUUAGUGGGCACCGUAUCGGCACAGCUGAAGUGGAAUCGGCUCUAGUUUCUCAUCCUAAGUGUGCUGAAGCCGCUGUUGUUGGUGUCGAGCAUGAGGUUAAAGGACAAGGAAUAUAUGCAUUUGUCACACUGGUUGAUGGCGUUCCAUAUAGUGAAGAACUUAGAAAAGAUCUUGUACUCAUAGUGAGAAAGCAGAUUGGACCAUUUGCCGCGCCUGACAAAAUACAUUGGGCACCGGGUCUUCCAAAGACAAGGAGUGGGAAAAUAAUGAGGAGAAUUUUGAGGAAAAUUGCUUCUAAGCAGUUAGAUGAGCUUGGGGACACAAGCACAUUGGCAGAUCCUACGGUGGUUGACCAACUUAUUGAUCUUGCUGAUUCUUGACGUACUUUGAGCUAAGGAUGUUCAAUAGGCUCACAUUACAAUACAAUGAACUUCAUUGCUUUCUAGAUCAAUCAGUGGGCAAUCCCGUGUAGCACUGCUACCACAAGUUUGUAAAAUUUUCCCGAGGAAAUAAAUAAAUUAUAGACAAGUAAAACUCAAUUUGGAUUUCACUUCAGUAGAAAAUAAAUUAUUUGAAAUAUUGAUUUCA